UUUUUUUUCCCACGUAAAAAUCCACAGAGACUGGUAAAACGUAAAAAAAGUUCUGCUGAUUGGAAAAGUGUCGAUUUAGAAUCGUUUUAUCUGUGAUAUAUCCAUAAAAGUGCAAAAAUUAAUUCCGAGUUUUUGCUAGAAGGCAUACGUGCGCUUGACAAUAAGACAUCGAUUAGUGUUUUAGUGGUGGUGUAUACGUUAUAUCCCGCCAUGGCAGAGAAACAAGUACGACUACGUAGUAACUCAGUCGUUAAAUCGGAUGCUGAUAUGACUGUUGCGGAUCUGGCGAGUCUCAUGCAAUCUCAAUUGAACAGCUACCAACAAUCUACCAAGGAAGACUUCAAAAAAUUGAGUGCUUCUCUCUCAUCUCUAACAUCACAACUCAGCAAAUUUCGUGAUAACAUCACCACUGAAAUGGAGAGACUCCGAGAGGAAAAUAAACAAACGUUUACUACAAUUUCAUCCUCGAUCGAGAAAUCAAACAAAGAUACAUCGUUGGCAGUGGAUAGAUCGACACGCAGGAAUGAUCUUGUCAUUAGUGGAAUUCCGUUUGUGGAUGGUGAGAAUCUGCUGUCCUACUUCCACUCAUGGUGUAGAACUUUUGGAUACGUCGAGAGUGAGUUCCCGCUAGUAGACAUUCGUCGGCUCUCGAAGGGAGCUUUGGCUGCGGGCAAAGUCUACAUGAUCCUGCUACAAUUUGCUAUAACCAUACAGCGGAACGACUUUUACUCCCGGUAUCUACGAUCUCAUUCAUUGUCACUAUCUGGGAUAGGAUUUUCAGUAAACAAACGAAUCUACAUAAAUGAGAAUUUGGGCCCUAGUAUCAGAGCUUUACGAUCCAAGGCGCUACAUAUGAAGAAGGAAGGAAAGCUGAGCGGAGUAUUUACGCGAGGUGGAAUCUUGCUCAUAAAGAGAAACGGAGAUGAGAAGGAGAUUACUGUAUCGUCAGACAGUGAUUUAAGUGAAUCAAUUUAAACCCGUUCCUUACUAGUUUUUGCAUUUCCUUUCUCUCCUAUCCUCAUAUUCCAUUCGCUCCCCUCCUAAAAGUCUGUUCGAGUUGCUGCUGAUCCUGCCGAUGCUGCUGAUGCUGCUGAUGCUGCUGAUGCUGCUGAUGCCGCCUAUGCUGUUGCUGCUGUUGUUGAAUGUGGAUGGUACUUUUACCUGGAUGCUGUGGAUUCUGGAAUAUAAGCUCUACUGUUUACUCCAGCCUGUCCCGACUCGUGCAAUGCACCACCACCAGGGAUGCAUUUCAUCGUCCCACAAUCGU